AUAGUCUUUGUCCCUAUAAUUAAACACUGGAGAGGAGAGUCUAUUGCGCGUAUAAUAUUAGGUUUUUACGCUGACAGGACGCCGCCUUCAAAGGGACAUCGGCAGUUCAUAGAAAAAAUUAAAUGCAUUGCAGUUUGAUUUGCAUACUUGUUUUCCAUCUUGUCGAUUCUGCUCUUUUCACAUCUCACAUACGACAGGCUAAGUAUUCUACUACUGGCUGAGACUACGUAGAAGAGCUCAAUGUCAGUGAAACUGGCAGGCCUCGCUAACAGAAGAAAGAAACAUCUAUUUUGGGAUAGCACUAGAAAAAACCCUCAGAGGACACCAUGCUGAAGGAACUACACAUGAAAUGUGUGUAAUUUAUUAACAGCAAAGCUUUUGGCAAGACUACAUUGUCUGGAAUGCACUCACUCAACAGGUUCUCCUUCUUUCUCAGCAUCUGAGACCAGGUCGACUGAUAGAGCGACACGCUCCACAGUAAAUGGGACCAAAAGAACGUGGUGUGAUCCGGUUCAUGUAUUGAUUCUGCUUGAACACCUGCUUUGAUGACGCCAAAAGAUAACGAGGCUAAACCCACCCACUUGAGGUACAGGACAACUGAUACGAGGGGAAGUCUAUAUAGCCUAAACCCUGACACCUGUUGUUCAAGGGUAUCACAAAUUGGAUCCUUGCAUCGAGGUCUAACCUUUUGAAAGUGAUUAUAUUUGCGUAGGAGCAGACGUCAAUAAUCAUGUCUCAUGGCUGGGGUUACGGACCAUCUGACGGACCUGUCAACUGGUGUAAGGACUUCCCCAUUGCUAAUGGGCCCAGGCAGUCUCCUAUUAAUAUUAUUAGUGGCCAAGCAUCCUACGAUUCUGCCCUGAAGCCCCUCAAACUGAACUAUGACCCAUCCAACUCCACAGACAUUCUGAACAGUGGCCAUUCCUUCCAAGUUGGCUUUGUGGAUGAUACUGACAGUUCAACACUGACCGGAGGCCCCAUCACCGGCACAUACAGGCUGAAGCAGUUCCACUUCCACUGGGGAGCCAGUGAUUACAGGGGCUCUGAGCACACCGUCAAUGGAAUCAAGUUCCCAUGUGAGCUCCAUCUGGUGCACUGGAACACCAAGUACCUCAGCUUUGGUGAAGCUGCUAGCCAUCCCGAUGGUCUUGCUGUAGUUGGAGUGUUUCUGAAGCUUGGUGCUGCAAACCCCAGACUACAAAAGGUUCUGGAUGCUCUGGAGGCCAUCAAAUCAAAGGGGAAGCAAACUACAUUUUCCAACUUUGACGCCAAAACUCUGCUGCCUGACUCACUGGACUACUGGACAUAUAAUGGCUCCCUGACCACUCCCCCUCUGCUGGAGAGUGUCACCUGGAUUGUCCUGAAGGAAUCAAUCAGUGUCAGCCUUACCCAGAUGGGUAAAUUCCGCAGCUUGAAGUUCAGUGGGGACGGAGAGGCACAUUGCUGCAUGCAGGACAACUACAGACCCACUCAGCCUCUCAAGGGACGCAAGGUCCGCCGGUCCUUCAAGUAAACAGCCACGUGUCACACCAUCCCCCAUCCAUCUUCCCCAGGUUAUAUACACACCGUGUGCCAUUUUAGCACAUGCAUUGGUGUCAGAAUUUGCUAAUGGUUAACCCCAUUGACAAAACCAUCAGUAAAUACUACAAAACAGAAAUGUAAACCUAAACCAAUGCAAUUUAGUAACGAGCCAGUGCAGAUGAGAUUUAUGCGCUGGUAUGGAUGGAUAGCAGCUCCUGUAAUCCCUGACGAUCAGCCUCAGGAUCACCCCAGAUUAAUGUAAUUUAGCUGCCUGCCCCUGCAAUAACAGAUGAGUCAGAGAUAGAGGCCUUUAAUGGUAUAAUACUACAGGGCUUUUUUUUCUUCUAGACUCUCAAUAAGCACAAACAGUUGCUAUGCAAGAGAUGGAAUCUUGAAUGAAUCCUUAAACACUUUCCAUUUUUGUAUUGUAUCCUCACAACAUCAAUGUAUUGUUUGAUUUUUGUCACUUUAGAUUACAGGUCCAUGCCAAAUAUAAGAGAUGUAAUUUAAGUGUUUAUAUAUAUGUAAUAUUUUUGUACUCAUAACUUACCUCUCUACCUACCGUCACCCCAGUGCAUUAUCGUUGUCUUAAAAUCACGAGUGAUAGAAAAUGGGUAUAUUGAAUUACCACACUAGAGAAAUGUCAGUUGCCCUUUGGCUGUGUGGGAUCAGCCUUACCCAGCUAGGGAAACAGAGACCCCACUGUUGAUAAUCAGAUAUCUUCCUUUAAAGUACGGACAGAAGGCUUAUUUUACAGUCACGUGCCCUUAACGAGGAAGUAUUGACCUGAGUUCUCCACCUCGGUGGUUCAGGACAAGUUAAUCAUGUUGUGUGGUACAAACAACAGUCACUCCAACUUAAAUAUGUCUUUGUGAUUAACCUGUUCACAUCCUUGUACAAUAUCAAAAUGCGCCUCAGAACAAAUUACUUUUGGUGUAAAUGCAUGGAAUUUGGUGUCAACAUAGUAAACGGGUCUAGACAGGCCACAUUGAAAUGUUAAGAUUAUCAUACUUCCAGUGUCAAAGUUGGGAUUUUGAAAAUAUUUUUUUAAUCGUUAAAAUGACUUCAGCAUAUGUAUGUCGACUCAUAUAGUAUUGCUCUUUGACCUGUUCUAAACCCAACUAUGUCUAAUAUAUGAUUCAACUCAGUAGUUUGUGACCUACAGCUAUUUCUGUAUAGUACUAUAUUUAGUCUUUGGACACAUGGGUUACUGUUUUUAUUACACAUUUCAAGAAUCAAGUCAUGUGAAUACAAUCAAAAGAUCAGAAUAAUUUUUGGUAUAUAGAUUGACAGGACCAAUAUACACUGCAUAUACGAAACCUGCUCUUUCCAUGACAGACUGACGAAAGGUGAAAGCUAUUAUUAAUACCUUAUUGAUGUCACCUGUUAAAUCCACUUCAAUCAGUGUAGAUGAAAGAGAGGAGACAUGUUAAAGAAGGAUUUUUAAGCUUUGAGACAUGGAUUGUGUAUUUGUGCCAUUCAAAGGGUGAAUGAGCAGGACAAAAUAUUGAAGUGCCUUUGAACGGCGUAUGGUAGUAGGUGCCAGGCACACCGAUUUCGAGUGUGUUAACUGCAACACUGCUUUUUCACACUCAACAGUUUCCCAUGUGUAUCAAGAAUGGUCCACCAGCCAACUUGACACAACUGUGGGAAGCAUUGAAGUCAACAUGGACCAGCAUCCCUGUAGAAUGCUUGACACCUUAUAGAGUCCACCUCAAUGCCCCUAAUGAAUUGAGACUGUUCUGAAGGCAAAAGGGGGAAGGUGUUCUUAAUGUUUUGUGCUCUCAUUGUAGUUGUCUAUUUUGUAUUAUUUAAAGAUCCCCACACUCCUGGGGUCUUGCAACAUUAAGGCAGAUAUAUAGAAUUUUAUAUAUUUUAUAAUUUUAUAACACUUUCAGGCCACUACUCCACUAUCCAGGCCACACCUCCCAUAGUCUAUCCUUGACUUGGAGAUGGUGAAGAGACUUGCUGGCAUGUCUUGUAGGGUAUGCAUGGGUGUCUGAGCUGUGUGCUAGUAGUUUAAACAGACACCUCGGUGCAUUCAGCAUGUUAACACUUCUUACAAAAUCAAGCAGUGAUGAAGUCAAUCUCUCCUCCACUUUGAGUCAUGAGAGUUUACAUGCAUAUUAUUAGUGUUAGCUCUCCAUGUACAUAUAAGGGCAAGGCAUGCUGCACUUUUCUGAGCCAAUUGUCAUUUUCUGGAGGUCUCUCUUUGUGCCACCUGACUACACGGCUGAAAAGUGCGACAAAAUUAGGGACUGUAGGAACCUGCCUUGUUGAUAGUGUCGUUAAGGCAGAGCAGAGCUUUAUUAUGGACAGACUUCUCCCAUUUUAGCUACUGUUGUAUCAACAUGUUUUGACCAUGACAGUUACAAUCCAGGGUUACUUGCUCAAUUUCCACAUUAUUUAUUACAAUAUUUAGUUGAGGUUUAUGGUUUCGCAAAUUAUUUCUCACAAAUACAAUGCUUAGAUUUUGAAAUAUUUAGGACUAACUUAUUCCUUGCCACCCAUUCUGAAACUAACUGCAGUGAUUUCACUCGCUGUAGUAGCUGAUGUGUAUAGUGUUGAGUCAUCCACAUACAUAGACACACUGGCUUUACUCAAAGCCAGUCACAUGUCAUUAGUAAAGAUUGAAAAAAGUAAGGGGUCGACCGCUGCCCUGAGGAAUUCCUGAUUCGACCUGGAUUAUGUUGGAGAGGCUUCCAUUAACCCUUUGCCACGUACGAUCACAUAUUUGUGAUCAUUGUUAACUGGUUCCUGCAGAAUAUCAUCACAAAUAUGUGAUUGGAACAGUAGUAACAGAACACAUGAUGGAACAAACUUGUCUAAACAGUAUUGUUUUCUGAAAGCAUCUAAACAAUGCUUUGUACUGCUGGGAAAUAAAGGUCUUCACAACUUUAUUCA